AUGCCUCGUUUGGGGCUCGAUUCCCAGGCUCAGACAGCGUUUCCCUUGCGAGUCACCUCUGCAAAACGUCUCAGCGGAAGGUGCCCCCACCAAAGCCGCUAUGCUGCCUGGCCAUGGGGCCUGCAACGUAGAGUUGGCCGGUCAGGACAGAUAAGGAGGGAAAAGAUUAGACCAAGAAACGCAAAGUGGCCGUCUUCUCUGGGAAACCCCCUUACCCCUCAAGAGAGCAUCUGGCUGCUGUUCACGGCAUCGGAGCUCUGCUGCAACGAGCUGACUGUUGUUAUCGGACACAGGUCUAGAGCAGCUGCUGCUGCGAGGUAUGCCAAAACUCACCCAAUAUACGCCAUCGUGUUGGUGCCUGCCUACGCUUCUGAUAUGGGAGAUGAAAACUAGAGAGCCAGCAGUUUUCAACGCCAUUCUCUGUGCCCCUCCAGAUACUUCAACAGACCCUGGCAGUGGGAGAAGAUCAAGUCAAACUGCCCUCAGACUUUUGCACAGUUUGGAUCCACAGACAGUUUUCCUUCCUGGAAAGGACCGCAAGAAGCAGUUGACAGAGCUGGAGCAGAACUGCACAAAUAAGAGAGGGGCCAUUUUCAGAACACCAAAUUCCACAAACUGAUUGGCAUUAACUAG